AUGAGAGUUUAUAUUAAACCUGGUGGUCAACGAGGUUAUUCGGGGCAUUGUAUUAACCUGCCACAAAAUGUCAAAGAACUUGCAAUGUCUUUGCCAAGAUAUCCUAAAGAUUUAGCUGUGAUUAUUGUCAAGGCUAAAGGUAGAGAAAACACAUUCAAAGAUGUGACCGUGCGAAAGCAAAAAGUGCACAAUGCUUUAGUUUGGCUUAUCAAUAAUAAUCCUCAUUAUUCUGAGUUAUUAAUUAAUGAAGAUGCAUUAAAUUCCUUACCUGAAGAUGGUGUACCACCAGGUCUUAUGACUGUUGAGACUGAUGAUGAUAUAGUCUCAGAUGACAAUUGUUCUCCUGAUGUAGGCCCUCCUACUGAUAAUCCAUCAGAAGAUAUUGUUUACAAUGACUCAACUGAAAUGAGUAGUUUUUUACCUGUUGGUGAACAACAACAGCAGGAAAUUGAAGCUGUUAGAAACCAGCUGUCUGAAAAUGAGCCAAUGCCAUGGCCCUCAGUUGAAAAUGAGCCUUUAAAUGAGUAUCAGAUAUCGCAUCUGGCCACAAUGGCUUUCCCAACAUUGUUUCCGGAUGGGAAAGGUGAUCCUACUAAUCAAGGACUUCUGAGAGAUGUCCCUCUUCACGAACGAAUAAAACAUCUUCUAAAAUUUGCUGAAAUUAUUGAUGGUAAAUGGGUAUACCGUUUUGCUAACCACCCCAGAUUUUCUUAUUGGGCAUUUAAUAUGAUUCAAAGAAAACGAAUUUUACAACAAAGUGGAAUAUUCCUCAAACAGAACCCAGGUGAAGCUCAUCUCACAAUUGACGAACUGCGUGAAAUGGCUGCCAGUAACAAUACUAAUGUAUUUAUGUCUAAAGUGUCGAGAUAUGUUGGCAAUAUUGCAGGUACUAAUGCUUAUUGGAAUAGAGUAAGAGAGGAACUCAAAGCUAUCAUAACUAGUGUUGGAGCACCAACAUUAUUUUUCACUUUCUCCUCUGCAGAUAUGCAUUGGCCUGAGUUACAUGCUUUAUUUAAAACUGAUACUGACAAUGAGUUAGGUAACUCUACCAGUGAUGUAAGACGACAAAAUGUGAUCAACAAUCCCCAUGUUGUAGAUUGGUUUUUCACCCAAAGAUUAGAAAGCUUUGUAAAACACUGGCUUUAUGAUACACUUGGUGCAAAAUGGCACUGGUUUCGAUAUGAAUAUCAAGGUAGAGGUAGUAUCCAUUGUCAUGGUACUGCUAAACUAAAUAAUGACCCAGGUUUGUGUCAACUUACUCAAACUGCUUUGAAAGGUUUCUUAGCUCAAAAAUUUAAAGAUGAAAAUGAUUGUUCUGACACAACUGAACUAGAACAGG